CUUUUAUCCGCAAUAUUUUGUGCCUUUUAUGUGACCAGAUUUUUUUAUUUCGAUCAGCUGUUUGCGGGCCGCCUUUUUAAAUUCAGAACAUGCGGCGCAGUUUGGCGCCCAGUCAACGAGAACCCCAGUGUAUUGAAUCGCGGCACUCCUUUACGCCACCGCUGCUAAAAAAGAACAAGCGGGUCUGUCAGCAGGAGUUGGAGCGAGAGCAGGAACUGGAUAGGAAGCGGCGGAUUACCCUUCGCAAUGACGGCGACACAGUUGAUCUUCCACUGCCCAUUCGCUUUACAUCGAAUAGCGAGUAUGAACGGUCCAUUGCUAAGGUGCUGGCGCGGAAGUUCAAAGUGCCCAUUGACAAUUAUAUACCCGAUUACGGGGGGAAAAGAGUCCUAGGCGUUCGACGGUGCAGUUCCCGGCGACCACUGCACGAUCCAAUGGCCUGUAACGCCCUGGUUCUGUACUAUCCGCCCGCUUACACGGAGCACGAGCGCAUGUCUAUGGAUCCCAACAAGGUUCUGGUGCAUGUAGUUGUGGAUCCGCUUCUAAGCAACAUACUGCGGCCGCACCAGCGAGAAGGGGUGCGCUUUAUGUACGAGUGUGUGGAGGGAAAACGAGGUGACUUCAACGGCUGCAUUAUGGCAGACGAAAUGGGUCUAGGAAAGACGUUGCAGUGCGUCACCCUCGUUUGGACACUUCUAAGGCAGGGUGCUGACUGCAAGCCCACAAUCAACAAAGCCAUCAUUGUGUCGCCUUCGUCUUUGGUAAAGAACUGGGAAAAAGAAUUUACUAAGUGGCUGCAAGGACGUCUCCUCUGCUUACCUAUGGAGGGUGGUAACAAGGAAAACACCAUAAAAGCUCUCGAGCAAUUCUCUAUGACCUCUUCGAGGUUGGGCACGCCCGUUCUUCUCAUCAGCUACGAAACAUUUCGAAUUUAUGCGGAUAUUUUGUGCAAAUACGAGUUGGGAAUGGUGAUAUGUGAUGAAGGCCAUCGUCUAAAGAACAGCGACAAUCUUACAUACCAGGCUUUGAUGGGCCUGAAGACAAAACGACGGGUCUUGCUCUCAGGCACGCCUAUCCAAAACGACCUUACAGAGUACUACAGUCUAGUUAACUUUGUAAACCCGGAGAUGCUUGGCACGGCUGCCGUCUUUAAGCGCAACUUCGAGAACAGUAUUCUGCGUGGCCAGAACGCGGACUCAACGGAAGAAGAGAGGAAACGUGCUAUCGAGAAGACGCAGGAACUGAUUGGACUGGUUGAUCAGUGCAUUAUCCGUCGCACUAAUCAGAUUCUUACCAAAUACCUGCCGGUUAAAUUUGAAAUGGUCAUCUGCGCAAAGCUCACUUCGAUUCAGCUCGAACUCUACACAAAUUUCUUAAAAUCAGAUAAAGUACGCCGUAGCUUAGCAGAUUGCAAUGAUAAGGCCUCGCUAACAGCACUAGCUGACAUAACAACUCUAAAGAAGAUUUGUAGUCAUCCGGAUCUUAUACAUGAUAAAAUCGCUGCCCGCGAGAAGGGAUUCGAGAACUCGCAGAACGUGCUGCCUAACAAUCACAACCUUAAGGAUCUCAAUCCAGAGCUGAGCGGCAAGUUCAUGCUUCUAGAUUUCAUGUUAGCCGCCAUACGUGCAGAUGGUAAUGACAAAGUGGUUUUGAUAUCCAAUUACACGCAGACCCUUGACUUAUUUGAACAGCUCGCGAGGAAGCGGAAGUACGGAUUUGUCCGACUUGAUGGUACCAUGUCUAUAAAAAAGCGGUCAAAGGUUGUAGACCGAUUCAAUGACCCGGAGUCGGAUAGUUUCCUUUUCAUGCUGAGCAGCAAGGCUGGCGGGUGUGGCUUAAAUUUGAUCGGAGCGAAUCGCCUGUUUAUGUUUGAUCCGGACUGGAAUCCAGCCAACGAUGAGCAGGCAAUGGCAAGAGUGUGGCGUGACGGCCAAAAGAAGCCCUGUUUUAUUUAUCGUCUUGUUGCGAGUGGGUCCAUUGAGGAAAAGAUCCUGCAGCGACAGACUCACAAAAAGUCCCUAUCGAGCACCAUCAUCGACAAUAACGAGUCGGCAGAAAAGCAUUUCACACGCGACGAUCUAAAGGACUUGUUUACAUUUGAUCCAAACAUUCUUUCCGACACGCAUGAAAAACUGAAAUGUAAGCGGUGCGUUCAAAAUAUCCAAACGAAACCACCACCGGAUGACACGGACUGCACCUCGCAUUUGUCGCAAUGGUACCAUUGUUCCAACAACCGGGGCUUACCUGACAGAAUUCUUGCCCAGGCCUGGACGGAUAGCAAAUGUAUUUCCUUUGUCUUCCACCACCGGUCCCAGGCUCAAGAAGUAGUGACAAAUGCUAAGGAAGAACCGUCGGUGCAAAAACCCGUUAGUCGCAAGCGCCCAUCAACGCCCCUUAGUGAUGAUAGUGCCGAUGAGGAUUUCAUUGGAUUCUAGCAAUUGUAUGCUUAUUGUUUAUUCAUUUUCCACGUUUCGUUUACUUAAGUCUAAUCUUAAGCUAGUUUUUCUCGUUUUUUUCGCAAUCUUAACAAGUAAAUAGCAUAACAUUUCAAAAAUGGAACCAACACUAAAAGAAAACGUGCUAGGGUUGAAAGUUUCUUAAGCACAUUUAGAAAACUAUAAAUCAGUCCACAGUACAGGCUAUUUUGUUUGUUAAAUACUGAAUAAUUUAUAUAAUAAAGUCGUCAGGAAUCGCGCCGAAUUGUAGAAUAGCAGAGUUCAGUAAAUUAAACUUCGGACCAAUAAAAGUUAAAUAAAAUU